AGGACUGGCAGGGUGCGGUCUGAAGUGGCAACAGAUUGCUUUGGAUCACUAAAAUCCUUUCAAUUCAACUGGAAAGCUGCAGCUUGUUGCACGCGGGCCGCGGAGGACCCAUCAGCCAAAACAGCAGACGAAAGUGGCUGAUGUGAGAAAAGGAGGGAGAGAAACCACAACACUGUCCCUUGGAUAUCAAACCACUCUCUCUCUUCAACUCUCACACCCACCAAAUCGACUUUGAACCUGUUUGUUUAAAUACACGGACUUUACAGCCUUAACUUAUUGUUGGUUGUGCGCAGAGACGGUAGCGGAUUUUCUCAUCCGGAACAGCUUGUGGAGAGACUAAAAGCUUUUUUUUUGGUGUCCUCAUGGUUCCUCCUCAUGUAGCAGAGGAACUGCUCAUUUUCUAUCCGAAUCCCUCGGACGCACUGUUGCAGCUGUCACGGACAAUGGAGACUGAACCGGGGAGGCAUUGAAGACAUCUCUCUCCCCCGGGAGAGUCUUCCCUCCCCCCCGGGGCGAUGCGGAUCUCCCUUUUUCUACUCACCGCCUCUCUGUGUGCCUUGGUCCUCCUCCUCGCACCUGCUUUGGAGGGCUGCGGCCCGGGGAGGGGAAUCGGCAAGAGGCGAUUCCCGAAGAAGCUCAUCCCGCUCGCCUACAAGCAGUUCAGCCCGAAUGUCGCCGAGAAGACUCUCGGGGCCAGCGGGAGACCAGAGGGCAAAAUAACGCGCAGCUCCGAGCGCUUCAAAGAACUGACUCCCAAUUAUAAUACAGACAUCAUCUUUAAAGAUGAAGAGGACACGGGUGCCGACAGGCUCAUGACCCAGCGCUGUAAAGACAAGUUAAACUCUCUGGCUAUUUCUGUGAUGAACAUGUGGCCGGGUGUGAAGCUGAGAGUUACUGAAGGCUGGGAUGAGGACGGCCAUCAUUCGGAGGACUCACUGCACUACGAGGGCCGUGCAGUUGACAUCACCACAUCUGACAGAGACAGAAAUAAGUAUAACAUGUUGGCCCGCUUGGCUGUAGAAGCUGGAUUUGACUGGGUUUACUAUGAGUCCAAAGCCCACGUUCACUGCAGUGUCAAGUCAGAGCACUCAGUGGCAGCUAAAACUGGAGGCUGUUUCCCUGGUGAUGCCCAGGUCUUCCUUGAGGGCGGUGGUACUAAACAGAUGCGUCACCUUCUCCCUGGUGACAGAGUCUUGUCUUCAUCAACAAAAGACGGCCACACAUCACUUCUCUACAGCCCGGUCAUAUCAUUUCUGGACCGCCAGCCCAACAUCAUGAAGACUUUCUACAUUAUUGGGACAGAUGCUGGCUUCAACAUCAGUCUCACAGCUGCUCAUUUGAUCUUUACUGCAGACUGUGCUGAUGGUGGGAACAAAACAAAGCCUCAAGAGACAUUUUUUCCUUCCAUUUGGACCGACAGGGGUCGCUCAGGAGCUCAUCUGAGAACAGUUUUCGCCAGUCAAGUUCAGCCGGGACAGUGUGUCUACACAUCAUCAGAGGAAUCAGAGCCACAUGUAAGAAUUUCAGUUGUGACCUUUGUAGAGGAGCAGAGAAGCACUGGGUUAUACGCCCCACUUACCCAGCACGGGUCCAUUGUUGUGAACGGUGUGCUUUCAUCCUGCUAUGCUGCAGUGGACAGUCAUGAAUUGUCGCACUGGGCGUUUGCCCCGCUAAGAUUCCUCUACAGUAUGCUGGGGUCUUCACAAGCGCAGAGUGACGGCGUGCACUGGUACCCACGGCUUCUCCACAGGCUCGGGGAGCUACUGCUGGAUGCUGGACAUUUCCAUCCCUGGGGUAUUGAGCAAUGACACGUAUAGUUGCCACCCAGACUUGUCACAGAUUGAUGACUUCCUUUACAUAUGUUUAUUCAGGGGCACAAAACAUGAGCACAACUGUUUUUCCUUAGAAAACAGCAACCAAGAGACCACCAAAGAUGACAGAUUAUAUGUAAAUGUAUGUAUUUUUUUAUUAACUUACUUAACCAUAUUGUUGUACUUGAAAAAACUUUUUGUCAAAUUCCGUUGUGCAAGAAAUAAAGCAAACUAUGAUUUCAGUUUUAUAAAAAUUAGCAAUCAGACAUGGUAUUUAUCAAUAUCAGAACUCGUAUAAAGAACAAGGAGAAAAUUUUAAUGCUGCAGCUCAGUAACUUUUUACCUUUAAAUAAUCAUUAAAAAAAUUUGCAUUAUUUUCUCUGGAUAUAGAAGGAAUUUAUUUUCAAAAGUUGUUGAGGGUUGAAAAUGAGGCUGAAGAGAAAGGAGAAAGUGGUGUUUGUUAAAAAAAAAAGCCUUGUGCAUGUCCAGUUACCAAAAUGGAAAAGUCAUUCAUUCUUCAUGGCUUUUGUUUUCAGGGACUAGUUUGUAUAGAAAGUGGAGACCGUGUGGUGUUUUAGGGAAAAGGCUGCAGCCCGGUGCUGAGUUGUAGUAUCACUGAUGCAGAGAGCUUUGAUUAUCAUUCCAUAGUCUGACUUAAGCUUUGCCUCCACUUUAACUGGCUUUUCAUGCUUCUUUGCUUCUAUCAGGGUUAUGUUGUUGCUUUUGCGUUAUUGUAAUUUUUAAGUGUCAUUUUUCAGGUCAGUAGUAAGACUCAGGCUGUAUUCAACUACUGUAUUAAUUAUCAUCUAUGCAUCUUAUUGAAUAGCAAUAAUUAUUGUUAUAUUUUAAUGUUAAGUAUACAAAAAAAUCUAUUUUUUUGGGAUCUACAGAGGGAGCAUUAAAUUUGACAAUGACAUCUGUAAUAUGGAGAGAAUUUAUUCUGUUGAUAUUGUGGGCAUAAUGGGAAGAAAAAAAUCCAAUACCAUGCUGGUUGGACCAAAUGGCAUCUGAACAUCUCACAUAUUUAAAUCACUCGGGACUUUCAGGCAUUUAUCUACACACGCCUACAGAUUUGUCAUAUAUGUAUAUUAAACUGUUGUUGGAGAGAAUAUUUAAAGUUCUAUUUUUAGAAAAAUCCUGUAAAUGUAUUAUUAUAUUUUCAGAACCGUGUUGAUAAAAUGUGUAUUUGGCAUAUAAAGAUCUUGUUUGCAAGUUAA